UCAAUCUUUCCUUUUCAGCUUCUAAUCUUUUUUCUUUUUAGCUCUAAUCAAUCUUUGUUAGCGCCUAAUCAGUAUUUUUCUUCUUUCAGCUUCUAACCCCUAUUUCUUUUUCAGCUCUAAUCAAUCUUUUCCUUUUCAGCUCUAAUCUUCUCUUUUCAGCUGUCGAUCUUUUGUAGCGGCGAACCAGAAUUUAUAUUUCUAAUCAUUUUUUUUCAGACCCUACUAAUUUUCUUUUUCAGUUUCUAAUCGUUUUUUCUUUUCAGGGUCUAACAUAUCUUUUCUGUUUUUACAAAAUGGGUCGAAAAUUGUCUUUACUUUCUAAAAUGCCACGAUUAAGUAAAAAAAGGAUCAGCAGAGGGAACAGGAUGAAGAUGGCGCGGGAAGCCAAAAAACAAAACAUGACAAGCACAGGAGAAGAGUUUGCAUCUGACGCUUUGGCAUGUGUAUCGAUGAAAGAAGAAGUGAUACCACAAUUGCAAAUUGAACAAUGUAGGGAGGGAGAGUAUUCAGAAUUUGAUUCAACAACAGAAUCUUUUUCAGAGGAAGAGGAAACGUUACCAGAUUUGGAAUUCGAAAAACAUGAAAGAGAUUCUGAAAACGAAGGAAACGAUAUUAGUGGCCGCAGAAUAGUUGACAUAGGCCAUUUCCUCAAGGCUUUAAAGUCUUUGAAGCACGACGGAUUUGAGUGUUCGUUUUUCGACAUGGAUGUCAUACGAGAAAAACGCCAAGGGUUUGCAUCUAUUUUUACUGUACAAUGCAAGAUGUGCAAUACAACUUCGUCUAUAUCUACAGAAAGUGAUGACAAUGAUAAGAUGAACAUAAAUCUAUCGGCUGUAUCUGGUAUUAUGUCAGUUGGUGCUGGUUAUGCCCAAUUAGCCGAAUUUGCCGCAGCACUUGAUAUUCCAGCACCAUCGCAUACAUCUUACGGUAUUUAUCACAAUGAAGUUUGCGAUAUAUACCAGCGUGGUGCAAUAAAUGCUAUGCAGAAAGCUGCAGAAGAAGAAAAAAAACUAGCAUUGGAAAUGGGCGAUGUUGAUUCCGAAGGAUAUCCCACGAUUGCGGUAGUUGCAGAUGGAGCAUCGUGCAAAAGGUCUUAUCGCACCAAUUACAACGCGUUAUCUGGAGUGGCAUGUAUUGUUGGACUUAGAACGAAAAAGGUAUUAUACGAGGCGGUUAAAAAUAAAUUUUGCUUAAUUUGUGCUAGAAAAGAUCUCUACAAGAACAACAAAUGCCCACAACAUACUUGCUACAAAAACUGGAGUGGUACAUCGACUGGGAUGGAGGCGGCGAUUAUUGUCGAAGGAUUUCAAAAAUCAAUCGAUAUGUAUGGAAUCAAGUACACCCAAUUAGUUGGAGACGGUGACAGUAGUGUACAUCGAAAACUAAUUGAAGCAAUGCCCUAUGGACAAUCCACCGUCAUACAAAAAAUUGAGUGUAAAAACCAUAUUUUGCGGAACUAUAUUAACAAAAUAAGAGACUGCUCCAAGAAGACAAAUGUUAAUAAAAAUCUGAGGACUGCAAUUGCCAAUAACAUUCUUCGUUUUCGCAGUGCCGUAACAAAAGCUAUACAAUUUCGGAAAAGUCAAGAUCUACCAACAAGUAGUAAAGUUAGAGAGUUAGAACGCGAUAUAUUAAAUGGACCUAAACAUAUUUUUGGAGAUCACAGCGAAUGUCAAGAACGUGGGUACUUCUGCCAGGGGCCUAAAGAAGGAGAAAUAAACCUUGUUCCAGAUUUACAAAAUUGCGGUAUAUUUGAAGAUGUUAUGUCAGCAGUACGGUCCGUGGCAUAUCAAUCAAAAAGUUUGGUGUACGACGUAACCAACAAUGUGGCCGAAUUAUACAAUUCACAUGUGGCAAAAAUUAUUGGAGGUAAACGUGUCAAUUUUGCGCAACGGCGUUCCUAUCAAGCCAGAUGUGACGCUGCAGUUUUGGCCCAUAAUGACGUUGGCGGAUUUCACGAAAUUGUGCAACGUGCAGCUGAGAAGAUACCUGGGAAAUAUACAACAGAGUACUGUGAAAGGGAAAAACGGAAACUGCAGUCACGACGUAGUAGGGAACCGCAGAAGAAAAUUAAGAAAUCAUACUGUGGAGAAGAAGAUGCUGACUACGGACCAAAUGCUGCUGCGAUAAUUCCUGAUAUGGACGACACCGACAUGGCUUCUGCGCAAAAGAAAUUCAUGCUCCACCUUUCGGAGAAUAGGGAGGAGAUUUUACAAGAGACCCUUGGGCAGCACAGGAGUAAUUCUUGGUACGAAGAAAGACGUAAGCGAUUGACUGCAUCAAACUUUGGACGGAUCUGUAAAUUGCGAGAAACAACAUCUUGUGCUAAUACAGUUAAAACUUUGCUGUACAGCCAAUUUUCGGGAAGUGUUGCUACCAGAUGAGCUUCAUCCAUUCUUGGGCGCGUCACCCGAUGGACUGAUAAAUGAUAACGCAAUAAUUGAGAUAAAGUGUCCAUAUACCGCGAGGAUAGCACCAGCUCAAACUGAAAGCAAGAGACAACUACAUGUACCAAGUUCAAGGCCAAUUAAAUAUAACAAAAAAGGACAUAUGUUAUUUUGUGAUAUGGACCCCAAUUGGAAUAUCGGUGGAAACUAUACAUAGAGACUGUAAUUUUUGGGAAAAUAAUAUGCUUCCAAAGUUGGAACAAUUUUAUACCAAAGCAUUGUUACCAGAACUCAUCGAUCCCCGACAAUCAAGAAAGUUACCUAUUAGAGAUACAUUUAUUACAUUAUGUGUCACAAAAUUUCGUCUAACACAAAAUAAAUGAGACCUAACGGUU